UCAAGACGCGCAUCAUCUCGAGCUCCAACCUCUUCCAAACGCUGUAAUGAUUGGGAAACUGACCACCGACAAUUUCCCUUUAUAUCGGAACCUUUAAAUGGACUGAUGGCAGCCUUGGCAGGAUGAUAUAAAAAAAACGGGUGACCACGCAAGGUGACCCUUUAACUGACGGCAUAUAUGGAUUGGACCUCAUCGCCAGGACAGACCUGGGGCGGGACUGAAAGGGACAGUGCUGUGAAAGAGGAGUCCUCAGCCAGGAGCACAGGUCACAUGACAGAUGUAUGUAGUGAUGAAACUGACAACUCACCUUCUCUCCAACCUCACACUCUGAGAGAGUUUGAACAGCAUCUCAAUGACCUGAAGAAGGAGAACUUCAGCCUCAAGCUCCGCAUCUACUUCCUGGAGGAGAGGAUCCUGCAGAAGUACGAGGACACCAGUGAUCAUGUCUACCGCACGAACAUCGAGUUGAAGGUAGAAGUGGAGAGCUUGAAGCAAGAGUUACAGGAGAAACAAGACCUUCUUGACAAGGCUCUGUCAACAGCUGAGAGCCUGUCCAGUCAUAAUGAGGCAGAGCUACAGAGACGAUGUGAGGAGAGACAGCAGGAGAUCGACCACAUGCAGGAGUUGCUGGAGACCAAGAUACAACUCCUGCAGGAGGAGGCCGAGCUAGCGCGAUGUGAGGCUGGGAGGAUGGCCUCCCUGGCUAGGUCUAGCUCCCAGACCCUCUUGGAGGACAUGAAGGACAGCCCAGAGGAGGAGGAGAGCACCCAGACCACGUCUCACCACCCCCCAUCACACACCAACAGAGACAGGGUGGUUGAGGAGCUGACCUGUGCUCUGCGCUGUAAGGAGGCUCUGAUCACUGAGCUGAGUGGACAGAAGAGCAUCCUGGCCCUGAAGGUGGGAGAGCUGGAGGGACAGGUAGUGAACCUCUCCUCCUCCCUGCUGCAGAAAGAGAGGGAUGCAGAGUUCUACCAGGAGGAGCUGGGCAGGGAGAGACUACGCAUUGAGCAGGAGAUGCAGACUCUGAUCGAGGAGCAGCAUAGCCAGUUGAACCAGUAUGAAUGUGCAGCAGGUCAGUGUAUCAGUGAGCUGCAGAGGCCCAGAAGUCAGCUGAGCACAGAGACAUUACACAUCCAUACAACACAGACCAAGAUCCAGGAGAGCGAGGCCAACAACACGAAGCUGCAGGAGAAGCUCAGUGAGAUGGAGUGUGAUCUGCGUUCUAUCCGUCAGGCAGCUCAGAACCAGGAACACACCAUCCAGGAGCUGACCGACUCUAUCAGUACCAAGGACAACGAGGCCCAGGAGCUGUACCAGUUAAUUGAAGGGCAGAACACCACACUGUGUAAACUGAGAGAGAUGGCCCACCACAACCAGAUCACGCAACAUCAGGCUCCAGGGGGGGGCAGUGAGGUUGCGGGUCUAGCCCAGCUGCAGGGUGAGUUAGUGGGGGUACAGAGCUCUCUGUUUACCCUGGGUCUGGAGCUGGAAGCCAGUCAUAGAGCGCAAAGACAGAGCCAGAGACAGGCUGAGGACCUGACCAGAGCUAAAGACAGACUCCACUCUGACCUAAAGGAGGCACUGCAGCAUAGGGAGGUCACCGAAAAACACAACCAGGACUUGCUCAGUGCCCUGGCUCAGUCCCGCUCUGCGCUGCAGGCUAAAGAGGCUCAGCAGAAGGAGAGCGAGGCAGAGAAACACAUGGAGGUUCAGGAGAGAGACAAGAACAUCACACAGCUCAAACUCUCCCUACAGGACAAGGAGAGCCAGCUACAGGAGUACUCUGAGCUCCUGGAAUCAGUAGACAGCUCCAAACCCAGAGAUAUUCUGAUGGACAAACUGAGAGAACGCAUCAAGGACAGGGACAGAGCACUGGAGCGGUCUAUAGAUGAGAAGUUCCGUUGUCUGGAGGAGAGGGAGGAGCAGGUGAGGAGACUACAGCUGGCCCUCCGAGAGAAAGAACGAGACCUGGAGAGACUCCGCUGCAUACUGCUCAACAACCAGGAGACCAUCACGAGUCUGGAUGCGUUGGUGCGGGGUAAGGAGCUGGAUGUGGAGCAGGCAGCAGAAGCCCACAGGAACCUGCAGUGGCUCCAGCAGCAGAGUGAGGAGAGAGAGAAGAGCACUCUGAGAGAGAGAGACACACUCAUCAACCAGCUACAGUCUGCCCUGCAGACACGCAGCCGGGAGACACAGGACCUGACGGCAGCCCUUCUGGCUAAGGUCCAGGCGGGCCCCAGUGAGGUGGUGGAGGAGCUGAAGGCUCGCCUCGCACUGAAGGAGAAACUGUUCCAGGAACUUCUGUCAGACCGCAACCGCCAGAGCCACGAACACCAAGCACAGGUCCAGGACCUGCUCAGCACCAUCAGCACCAAGGACCAGUACAUACAGGACUGCUCUGAUAGGCUCUCCCAGGUGAUUGGCGAGCGGACGGGCCAGCUGCAGGAGCUGCACAGGCAGCUGUCAUCGCGGGAACGGGAGAUGGGUGAGCUGCGGAAGGAGAGAGAGAGGGAGAGAACGGGAGAGGCAAAGCGACUGCAGAACCUAUUAAAAGAGAAAGAGACUUUUAUCCAGAGUCUGAUGCAGGGACAGGAGGAGAGCAUGGAGCCCUCCACACCAGAGGGGGCAGCAGAGGUACAUGCCAUCCAGGAAGAGCUGGAGCUGGUUCGGAAGAAAGAGAGGGAGGCUCAGCUGGAGCUCUCAGCCCUGCGCUCAGCUCUCACACAGGGCCAGCAGCAGGCCCAAAAGCAGGAGGAUAGAUUUAAGAUCCUGGCCCCAGAAAUAACAGUCAGGGACCAGCCCUCCAGCACUGACCACCAGAGUGUGUUGGAACAGUUGGUCAAUGAGUACCACAGGCUGAACAAUGCUUUGAGGGCAGAGAAGAGGCUGUACCAGAGUCUGAGCCACAUCCAGACUAGAGGAGACAGCAGCUCAGAGAAGACCCAGGCCCUGCUCACAGAACUGGACUCUGUUCAGGCAUUGCGAGGGCAACUGGAGGAGGUCCUAACCAGGACCCGGAAAACCGCCCUGGCACUGGAGAGGGCAGCUAAGAGGCAGUCUGACUUUGGAGAGCUCAGCACGGAGGAAGAAGAAGAGGAGGGAGAUGAUGAAGAGGGCAGCACUGAUGAGUUCUCAGACAGUAUUGAAGACGAUGAGGAUAAACUGACUGCCAAAAGUCUGGCCUCCACUAAGAACUCUGUGGUGGCCUGUGGGCAGGGGGUGCUGUCUGGAGGACCUUUGAGCGGAGCACUGUCCCAGGGGGCAGAGGGGCAGGGACAGCAGCUGGCUGAACAGAAGAGGGCAUUAGAAGAAGAAGUGGAGGAGAUGAGAACACAGCUGGAGACAACUGGCUGCUCCUCCCUAGCCCAGAUGAGGAGAACACUGCAGAAGCUACAACAAGAGAAUGAAGCCCUGAAAGAUAGCCAAGGGGGAUUACAGGGUCUAGGAACUCUGGAGGAUCCAACAGACAUCUGCCAAGGAUGGGGACAGGAGGAGGAGGAGGAGGCACAAUCAACAGUGGUACCCACCCAGGGCAACUAUGGCCCCCCAGCAGUGAGGAUGAGAGAGGGGAGGGGGAACAGACAGAAUACCAGACCUCACUCCCUAGACCUGGGGACUCUCCUCUCCCAUCACCAGCCAGACCAAACAGAGAAGGAGGCUGAAUCUGAUGAUGUCACCGGCGAUGUGGGCGGGUUCUGGCAGCAUAUGGAUGCGGGUCUCCGUGAGCAGGCGGCGCAUCUGCGUUCUGAUUUGGCGCUGAGCAGACAGGAGAGCAGAGAGCUGCAGGAGAGACUCAUGGUGUCUGAGGCCACAGUACAUGCACAGGCUGAUCAACUCAAAGACUACAGGGAACUACUCACAGAGACAUCAGUUGAGCAGGACAGUAAGCAGGUCCAGGUGGACCUACAGGACCUGGGCUAUGAGACCUGUGGCCGUAGUGAGAACGAGGCAGACAGAGAGGCCAGCAGCCCAGAGUUUGAUGAUCUGGAGAUGUGUACGUCACUGAGCCACCGGCAGGACUACGAGAGUGCCGGAGUUUGGUUCCAUGGCGAUGGGAGUGUGGGCGGAGCUUUUGAUGAAGGCGAGGAGCCAGGGGCAGGAUCCUUACAGCAAUUGGUCCUGGACCUGCGUUCUCAGCUGACCCGCUGCCACAAGGUGAUUCGUGGGUUGCAGCUACGUGUGCGUUCACUAUCCACGACCAGUGACUACGCAUCCAGUCUGGAACGCACCCCACGCAAGGUGAAUUGGGCAUUUGAGGCGUCCCCAGCCCUCAGCGGUGUAGAAGACGAUGAGGGCUGGAUGUCCGACAGCCUAGGGCCUUGCAUGGAACCUAAGCCCAGCCGAGAGCUGCGAGAGCUGGUGUCCCGAGUAGCCUCACUGGAGGCCCAACUCAAGAGCUCCAGGCUGGAGGGGAAAGGAAAGGAGGGGAAGUACAACACCCUGAUCCAGGCUCAGGCCAGGGAGCUGUCCCACCUGCGUCAGAGGAUGCGGGAGGGCCGUGGUGUCUGUCACAUACUCACACAACACCUGGGAGACACCACCAAGGGCUUUGAGGAGCUGCUGCGUGCCAACGACAUUGACUACUACAUGGGACAGAGCUUCAGAGAGCAGCUGGCACAGAGCACUGCCCUGGCACAACGAAUGGGCACCAAGAUCAGUGGACGUGACCGUGCUGAGCUACAUGAUGAUAAGAUGGGCCAUGAGCUGCUUGCUUUGCGGCUGAGUAAGGAGCUCCAGCAGAAGGAUAAGAUAAUCGAGUCGCUCCACACCAAACUCCAGCAGCGUCCUGACACCCCCUCCAGCAGCCAUGCCCUCUCAGAGACCACCGACCAAUCAGACAGAACCUCCUUUGUGUCAGAUGAGUGCCGGGCCAAUGAGGACCUGGAGCUGUGCUCAGAUGUGGAUGCUGGCAGCGAAUACGCUCAAGAAGUGAAGGGACAGGGGGCGGGACAUGGCCCAGGAAGCACAGACGUCCACCCCUCCCUUCCUCCAUCCUCUCUUAAGUCCUCCAGCAGCUGUCCCAACAUGCUAUACUCCACUCCCGUGGAGUCAGCCAGUCAGACUGGUCCUGUGUCCUGCUCCCUACCCACCUCCCAGUCCCUCCCCAGGCUUUACCCUAGCCAUGACCUCUGGGGUCAACAUAUGACCUUUGACCCAGCGACCAGGACCUUCCCUAUGGAAGCGGUGCAACAGCAGCUGGAUACCCUGCACAGACAGAUGACUAUGAAUAAGAGCUUUGUGGUUCCUCACGCCAAGGCCCGGACGACCGCCCCACCAACCGCCCAUCACCAGCCUGACCAUUCCACUUACAGACAGAUUACCCACCAUGCCUUUUACCCACACCAGCUAGGCGGCCGACCUGCAGGCCCCGCCCUGAAGGCAGACGCAGAUCUGGUGGAGAGUGGUGCAUUGUGGGAUAUGGAGAACAUGGUUCAGCCAAUCAGGGUUGGGUCAUCAGGAUACUAUUCAGGAAACAGCUUUAGUGGUGUGGACGUGAUCAAGGAGCACCUGAGGGAGGUGCAGUGUCUGCGUCAGCACCUGGAGGAGUCCAUCAGGACCAAUGAGAGGCUCAGACAGCAGCUGGAGGAACGCCUUUCCACCACCGGCUGUGACGGCGCAGCUCCCACCAACAUCUACAUCCAGAGCCUGGACUCUGUCUGCCAGCUGUCCAAUGAGAUCAGAGUACUGAAAGAGGAGAACCUGGCUCUCCAGGCACGCCUGCAGGCCAGCUCAGAAACGUGUGAGGAGGCGGAGCAGCUGCGUGAGGUGGCGGUGACGGGGCGUGCCCGUCUGAAGCAGGCGGAGCUGGAGGCGGAACAGUGGAAGGAGGAGCUACGCCGGCUGCAGACACACAGCCAGGAGCAGGGACAGCAGAUUCACGCACUCAGACAGGAGAGGCAGAACAGCCAUGACAAAAACAAUAGGCUCCAGCAUGAGGUGUCCCUGCUGCAGCAGCAGUUGUGUGAGAGCAGGGAGCUGCUCCACUCUCUGCAGAGUGAGCUGCAGGUCUACCACAGAGUGUGUUUCAACGCCAAGGGCAACCCAGAGUUUCUGUGUGAGGGCCAGUACGGUAGGGUCCCUGCCCUGCCCCUGCCCGGGGAGCUGGGGGAGCUGCUAGGGGAGGUGAGGAGCCUCAGAGCCCAGCUCCAGAGCAGUGUCCAGGAGAACAGUGUCCUGAAAGAGCUGGAGCUCCACAAACAUCUGGAGCAGAAGCUGGGUGGGGGCGUCCACGGAGGGCUGGGGAGCAUUGGGGGGAUGGAGCCCCCUCGUACCCCGUCUCUCAGUGCCCUUACAGACAGCCCCCAGAGGGACAGCCUCUACAGACGGCAGCUACUACAUGACCCAGCGCCGUCUCCCCCGGUCAGAGACAUUGGGUUGUUUAACUAUGGUUCUCCAUACCACGUCCCCUACACAGAUCUGGUGGAGACCCCGCUCACUGCCAACGAUCUGGACCCCCACUCAGAGCUGCAGGGGGACGCCCCGGACGGCUCGUUCUCUAACCGGAACGGACGCCACGCCAUCGGGCACGUGGACGAUUACAGCGCCCUGCAGCAGCAGGUCCUGGAGGGGAGGAGUCUGGUCCAGAGAAUGGAAACAGCCCUUCAGGCCUGCCUCAGCCAAUCAAUGCUGGUAGACAGCCAGGACCAGGUCCUCCUGGACUAUGGCUGUGUGAGGACUCUGUUGUCUAACACCAAGACCCUGAGACAGAUCCUGGAGGAGGCUGUGUCCCUGCUGAAGAUGUUCUGGAGGGCUGCCCUGCCCAGCACCGACCGCUCCACCCACAACCUUAAGAAGGAGCAAUGUAUGAAGGAGGAGAUUCUGUCUCUGAGAGGGCGUAUCUCGGAGCAGGAGGAGGUUCUCCAGGGAACCGUCCAGAGACUGAGGAGCACCAGCCGCACCAAGGAGAGCAUGGAGCACUUCAUCGUCAACCAGCUAUCAAGGACUCGAGAUGUGCUGAAAAAAGCAAGGACUAACUUGGAGAAGAACGAGCGGAGGAUUUCUUCCCUAAGCUCCUCCUCUUCCUCUCCUUAUGCUGCUGAAGACCGAAGUCCCGGUAAUGAACGGCCUACUGAUUGGAGUUUCUUGAAGCCUGGCGACUCCCCGGCAACGUCAAAUCAGCGUCCAGGAACCAGGAAGCGCAGCAGCCAGUGCCUGUUUUAGGUGAUGACCUGUUAUAGGAACCAGCCAGCCUAA